AUGGCUUCAAGACAAGAGGUCAUUGGUCUCUACAGACAGUAUAUCAAAGCAUAUAGGAGAUGGCCAAAACAGGAGCAACGGAGGCAGGAUUUUCGUGCAUAUAUGCUGAAUCGGCUUCGUACAGAGUUUCGUCAGUCUGCAUCACAAGCAGCCAUCAUGGAACGACUUGCAUAUGGCCGCCAGGAAUUGAAUGCACUUGAAUCAGUCAUAAAUGGUGAAAUGGAAGAAAAGUACUCACUCAGGGAUGAUGGACUUAUUCGAUCGUUUAUGCCGGCUUCGCGCACGUUUACUUUACUAGAUCAGCCUGCACAGGAAGGCUUGUCUGAAAAAAAUGCAACUACCUGGACAUUUAUCGGAGCUUAUCUUGCUGGAAAACUCUCCAAAUCUUCUACUCAAGAGAAAUGA